AUGGAUGUGUAUAUGAUGCAUUUGGUAUUAAUGUUAACGGCACAAUAUAGAUACACUGCAACAAAGCUGGCAAUAUUGUUUCGAGAUCCACAAAUCUACAACGAAUCUCGAAAAGAACAUUAUCCCAUGGAAAAUAGACAAACAGAGAGAGAACUACGAAAAUUAUGUCUGCAGCAGAAUAUCGUCUUAAACAUGUCAUUUAUAUUAAAGAAACUUCUGUCUGUGAACUUCAGUCUACUGUAUAUCAAUAACGUAUUACGGUUCUGCUUUGCAGGUAUCAUAUUAAGCACAGUACCAUUAAUGAAUAUUACAGAAGCAAUUUCGGUCAUUAUAUUUGGAAUCAGUACAUUUACGCAAUUUUUUGUGUUGUGUUCUUCCGUACAAACACUUUCAGACGCAUUGGCAGGUCUGGGUCGAUAA